AUGGCAACGGAUUUCAUAGAUAAGUUGACCUUUCUAUCACAUCCUUCCGGAAAGAGUCAAGGCAAGCAUCAUAUUGUGAUUGUCGGUGCAGGGAUUAUAGGGGUCUGUACGGCUUACUACUUGACUAGACACCCUGAUUUCCAUCCAGAUACGCAUCAUAUUACCAUCUUAGAGUCGAAGAGAGUCGCAGGUGGUGCUUCAGGUAAAGCAGGUGGGCUGCUUGCUUCAUGGGCGUUCCCUCAGCAGAUUGUUCCUUUGAGUUUCCGUUUGCACCAGGAGUUAAGUGAUGAGUACGAUGGUGGAAAUGUUUGGGAUUACAGGAGGUUGACUACUGUAUCACUUGAGGCGGACGUUGAAGACCUGUGUGGAGCAGAGUGUAGUAAGCGUGAUGGAGAGAGUUGUUCAUGUGUUUCCUCUUGCUCUUCAUCGUCUUCUUCGUCAUCUUCAUGCAAAUCUUCAUCGAGUCAGACCUCUGGUUUAAAAGUUCCUGUUCCAAAAAAAAAGAGAAACAAUGAUAUUCUCAGCGGAUGUGAGGCCGAAGACGAAGAUAGUGGAAGAUCCAGUUCUUUUUUCCAUAGUGAUUCGAAUCUUAACAGUUUGAGUAUGGGUCCAAGAGAUAGGGACCCAGCAGACCAAAUUGACUUUAAUGAUGCCAAUGACUUUCAACCACAAUCGCGAGAAAUCACAGGUGAUCUGGCGGCUGAUGAUAUGAGAAAUAACAAUGCAUCUAUCGAUGAAGCUAAAGGUCCGUCGGUACCUCUUCCGGGAGACUUGAACUGGAUCAAGAAGCAUUUGGUUAAUGAUUGGUCUUCGCUUGGUGGCACCGAUUCUACCGCACAGGUUCAUCCUUACAAGUUCACACAUUUCCUGUUAUCAAAGGCAAUGGAAUCCAAUGCAGUUGAUCUGAUCCUCGGAAAAGUCGAUCAAAUUCAGUACAACGAUUCGGGCGCUUGUUGUGGUAUUUCUUACACUCCAACUGCCGAGACUGAGUUUGCUUCUACCGCAACCACUCAGAGGUCUGUAAAUAUUGACGACUCAAGCCAUGUUGUCCUAGCAAUGGGUCCAUGGACCUCAAAAAUUUUGCCCGAUUGUCCGAUCUCAGGUCUAAGAGCUCAUUCAAUAACGAUCAAGCCAAGUACUGGUACGGUAUCCCCAUACGCCAUCUUUACUGAAUUAAAGAUUGACAAGAAUCAAUACUUUUCUCCAGAGAUGUACGCUCGUAAGGACGAAGUUUACGUUUGUGGUGAAGGAGAUACUCUUGUUGACCUGCCAGAGACCUCGGAUGCUGUCGAGGUUGUCCGUGAAAAAUGUGACGAACUGUACCAUUAUGUAUCUAAACUAUCCAAAAAUUUGUCCAGUGGUCACAUCCUGAAGAGACAGGCAUGUUAUUUACCAGUUUUGAAUGUUCCAACUAGUUCUGGACCUCUGAUCGGUGAGACUAACGUCGAUGGUCUAUAUGUGGCCAGUGGUCACUCCUGUUGGGGUAUCAAUAAUGCUCCAGCCACAGGUAAAGUCAUGGCUGAACUUCUACUCGAGGGUGAGGCCAAAUCUGCAGAUAUCUCAGCGCUGGACCCCGGUUUAUAUUUUGAUGCAAGCAUCCUUGAGUAA